UGUUGCUGCUGCUGCUGCUGCUGCUGGAGAAGAAGACAAGCCAGCCAGCCAGCCAGCCAGCUAGCUAGGAGAGUUAGUUAGCUGGCGAGCCCUAGCAGCUCUUGCCCGUCGUUGCGAAUCAAUGGGAAUUGCCAGUGGAGGUGGAUGGUUAGCCAUCACGGUGCUGGUGUGAUGACUAUUGCCAUGGUUAUGGGCUGCAUUGUUGCAGUGCUGUUGCCCCUGUGAAGUGUAUCAGAUGAGGACCCCGUUUAAUGUAGUGUGUAUAAUUUGUGUGUGCGUGUAUAUGUGAUUCUGUGGCGACGGGUCGCAGUGAUCCGGAGCGCGGCUAACAACGGAUCCCUUAGUUGCUCCCACCGGAGCAACUCAUCGGAGGCCAGACACAGCACGACAACAACAACAACAACAACAACAGCAGCAGCAGCAGGAUGUAGCCUCCCCUGCGAUCAACUGUGCCGUGGGUGCCGUUCUUUCACAACGUCAACAACACCUGUACUGCGACUGUUGCUGCUCGCUACAAAACAGCAACAUCAACGGCCUUGAUAACGUGAACGACAAGCAAGAUGCUGCUCUCACUGCGACUACUAUCGCUGUUGCUACUGCCGCUGCGAGAAUAACUGCGUUAACAACGGCAUCUGCAGUAUCGUCAAGUUCGGCUGCGCCGCCGCAGCCGCAGUCGGCACCACCUUCGCCAGCCUCCGUGGUGUUAGGCGCAACGAGCCCAACGCUAGCAGCUGGUAUUAUGUCUGCGGAUUUGCGGCGACGCAGGCUACGACCGUGGGCCGAGGCCGCUCGAUUGGUACUGGGCGCGCAAGAAGCGCUACCUAUUGCCACAAUCUUCGAGCGGAUCCAGGAGCGCGGACUGCGAGAUACUACCCCCGGCUCAAAAGAGUGCCUUUUCUCGAUGAUGCGCGCCCACAGUCGUGGCCCGCACUCGAUGUUCUAUCGGCGUCUGCUGUUACCAGCAGACGGUCAGGGUGCCCCUACGAUUUGUUUCGGCCUGCGCAGCGACCUGCCGCCGUCAACGACGAUCGUUGAGACGGACGCCGACACGGAUGACGAGAGCCGACACGACUCUCGAUUCAAACCCAAAGUCCAGCUGUUGAAGGUGGACGCGCAUGGACACAGUGGCAGCAGUAAUAAUGCCAAUAGCAGCAGCUUAGCUAACGGUGCUUCGAUUGUCGCGACCGAAGCCCCAGGCACAGCGGAAAGCGAAGCAGAAAAUGUCGCGCCGGACGACAUCGUAGCCCAACAGCUGCCCCAGCUGAAACGGAAAGCACCGGGCCAAGAUGAGACCCCGCCUCCGAAGAGGUGUCUCAGACCGAAACCUCAACGAAACUCCGAUGAAAAGGGUCCAUCAGUGGAGGAGCAUGUUAGCGUAUCCAGUCCCGAACGUGCAAGUUCCCCUUUUGCUGGUAGUUCAGCAAGCGGGGGUGCCGCUAAUGAAGAUCAACCACAACAGCCAAGCCCCGCUGCAACAACGGCAGUCAUUCCCAUUUGCGCAGUUACGGUUGAUGCGCUUCCGCAAAUUAUGCCGAUGGUUACAGAGAUCUUAUCAACUCCUCAUACAAUUAGCAGUAAUCCUUCGACACGUUCUUCGUCAGCCGGUUCGGGCCUGUCAAGUCGAAGUGGCAGAGUUGCCCCGACACCUAGCACGAACUUCCGGACCAUGCGUGAAAUGCUCACCAAUCUCUCGGAUCAAUGUGGCAUCAGGUUAAAUAGACGGCCUGGAAAAAAAAUGACAUUGUCACAGCAAUUGGAGGAAGCCAAGCGUGGCUUUGUGGAUCUCGAGACCCCUGAUUCGAUACUAGCGGGCGUCAAUGUCAAGGAGCUACUGUCCACUUAUGCGUUUUCAUUAUUGCCGCGGACGCAGCAACGGCAGCUAUUAGCGUUGCUUCCUCCUGUCGAGCUCACCCGACGAAAUCAGGAAGCUUUGGUAAGAAUGGGCAAUGUGAUAGGAACACACACAGUCUCACCGACCGAAGCGGACGUUGAGGUGAACAUCGAUUCGGCAUUAAACAACGAGUUCUUCGCCAGCGCCUGCCAGGAAUGGCGGGAUCGAUUAACGUUAGGUGACUUAACGCCAGAAAGCCAGCUUAAGCAGAAAGCCGAUUUCGAGAAGCAUCUUCGAUCCGUCGAUGGUUGGAAACGACGGAACUUUGAGAUCGUCUGGGGCACGUCAGCAGCUAGCAGAGCGGAGAGUGCUAUAGAGGAACGCGAGCAUCUGUUUAGAAUACGUAGGGAACAUGAAGAGAAUCUUGCAGAACAGGAGAAUCUUCGUUUGGCUGCGCUUGAAGCUAAACGAAGGUCUGACGAACUGGCUAAAGAAGCAGCUGCAGCAGCAGCUGCUGUUGCUGCUGAGCUGCUGAGCAAAGAAUUACAACCCAAGCUCGAAUCCUUGAAACCUGUGGCCAGUCCGAUCAUCAAAGUCGAACGACCGCCCGUGACCGAACCGCCGCUACCGCCUCCUCCACCUUCAUCCAUCACUGUGUCUUCAAAUCCUUCAACGAAACCUUCAGCUGUAGCUGCUGCUGCUGCCGUCGCCAUCGCCAUAAAAUCCGAAAACGACACAGAAGAGGAGCUGUUGGCUAAAGAGGAGGCGCGGAUAGCGACACUGCUGCCUUAUUGCUCCGAAACAUUGCAUGAAGUGUUGGCAGAGCACGGUGUUCCAGUGUCAGCAAACCACCGUCGUAAGUGCAAUAAUCUUGUUCCGCCGUCGCUCUGUCUUGCGGCACGACGAGUGGGUUUGCGCCUACUCCCUCCACCGAAGUGCUCACUUCCUUCUCCGGUAGCCAUUCCACGGCGACGACUUGCUUUUCAUCGAGCAGCGAGCCAUCGGCUAGUUCUUGAUGAAUUAGUGACCUCUGAAUCGAGAGCUCGAUUCGAACGAGAGUGCCGGCAGCUUGCGGAUCACUUACAACGGGUAGAUUGGUUAAUUGAUAAUCCGCCGCCUGUUACGGUUCCUGUGCCGCUAACGGUGCACGAGCUUAUGGCUGAUAUGCUUACCUUGGUUGAGUCUGAUCGGGUUACUUACUACCCACUGCUACCGGGAGUGGUGGACUUUGGUCCCUCGUCUGGAGUUCUUUCCGGAGGUAGCCACUCAUACGCGACAUCGACGGUGGGCACGCCCUCGCAUGCAGGGACGAAUGUUGACGAAAAUUUCGGCUCAGAACUGAUGUUUUCAGUAGCUACCGAUGAAGAGCCACCGACGGAUAUGUCUGACGACGCCAUAGGGUCGGAGUUGAGCGAAAGUCGACCAACAACUGCCAUUGAUCAUCUACUUGAUACCUCGGGAGCGUUAGCUGAUAUUGAAAAUAUGGACCGUCUAGAGCUAUCGGCCAGGACAGUUGCCGAUCCUGAUGUAGCGAUGCUAUCAGAGGAUGAUACUAGGGAUGCAACAACUCCGGAACCUGCUAACAAACGCGAUUCCUUUGCCGUUUUGACAAGCCGGGAAGAUACUCACGAAGAACUGCGACCAGAAGACGUGCCCUUGUUAGGUGAUUCUCAACAGGCCGACGAAGUUCGGUUGGCGGGAAUAGACGAGCCUGAUCCGGCAUGUGAAAGUAACUUUAGUGAGGGCAACAUCGGUGAUAAAGUGAAAGAGCAACUUUGUGAGCAACUAAGAUCAAUAAAAGAGAAAGACAGACACGUGGACCUUACGCGGGACGAUAACCUCGAGGAGCCGUCUGGAUUACAUCCUAGCCAGUCGGAAGAUGAUGAUGAAGAUGGCAGUCCGGACUGUGUAAUUCUUGAUGAAGAAGACUUUUCCGAUCCAGCUGCUUCACCCGAGAUUGUUACCGCAGACCGGCCGCUACCUUGUCCUGAGACAUUGCUACCAGACAACCAAUCUCUCGAUCAUAGAAUUACAGACGAGAAGGAUCGAAAAGCUUUGCGGGGUCGCUCCUCAGACAUGAGCCCAAAUCUCGAUUAUUACAAAGACGAUGAUGAUGAUGACCAUCGAAAACAAAGGUUAUUAGUUUCUAAAAAUGGAGAUGAUAAAGGUAUAGAAGGCGGGGACGAGGCUGAGGAAAUGGAAGAGUCGCUGGAGAUAGAAACUUCGGAACAGACGAAAACACCAAAAUCGCAACGGGGUAGCGAGUCACACGAUGAAAACAGGCAUAGACUAAUGACCCCCGAAAAUGAACGAACAACAACAACAACCGCCGGGUCGGGAAACUUGCAGGUUCUCCCGAAGGAGGGCGAGCCUUCGGGAGAGAGUGAACAUCAAUGUACGCCCACCCAAGAAUCAAACUCCAUUGAACCAACUGAACAGCCUACUUCUAGUGCUAAUGAUGAUAAUGAUCUUGGCCGGACUGCAUCUCCUUCGACAGCGACGCUGACCACGGAUGGGUGGUCAGUAGCUGAUGACGGUGCUAAUACGCCCCCGCUGUCAGUUCCUGUUUUGCCCGAAAGUGUAGUCAGUAGUCAGCUGGACUAUCAGGCUUUGCGAAAUCAAUUGAAUAUGGAUGAAGAUGAUGACGAAGACGAAGUCGAGGCUGCGGAAGACCAAAACGGAUCCCCGCCAACCAGCGAUGCAACGUUGUCCGAUGAGGAUACAGAUAUUGAUACUCUGCUGCCAGGUGGUGGGCGAGGAACUGCCGAUGACGAUCUAAAAAAUUGCGAGACGGCGUCAGACUCGACCAUAGAAGAAGACGAAGUGCUACAUAGUAACAUCAAUGAUGACAAACGCCAUCAUCAUCACCAUCAUCAUCACCAAAUACAACAGCAACAGCAGCAACAACAACAAGAACAGCAGCAACAAUCGUCCUUGCUCUUCCUGUUGUCCUUGUUCUUGUUGUACUUGCUCUCCUUGUGUUCUUCUUGUGGUGGAGGUUCAUCUUCUGGUGGUGGAGGUUCAUCUUCUUGUGGUGGAGGUUCAUCUUCUUGUGGUGGAGGUUCAUCUUCUUGUGGUGGAGGUUCAUCUUCUUGUGGUGGAGGUUCAUCUUCUUGUGGUGGAGGUUCAUCUUCUUGUGGUGGAGGUUCAUCUUCUUGUGGUGGAGGUUCAUCUUCUUGUGGUGGAGGUUCAUCUUCUUGUGGUGGAGGUUCAUCUUCUUGUGGUGGAGGUUCAUCUUCUUGUGGUGGAGGUUCAUCUUCUUGUGGUGGAGGUUCAUCUUCUUGUGGUGGAGGUUCAUCUUCUUGUGGUGGAGUUGUUGUUGUUGUGGUGGUUCUUCUUGUGGUGAUUUAUGUCGUAGUUGUUGUUGUUGUGGUGGUUCUCCUUCUUUUAGUGGUUUAUAUCGUGAUUGUUGUUGUAGUGGUUCCUCUUCUUGUAGUGGUUUACGACGUGGUGGUUGUGGUAAUUCAUCUUGUCGCGCUGGUUCUUCUUCUUGUACUUGUUUUUGUCGCGGUUGUUGUUUUUGUGGUGAUGGUGGUGGUUUUUGUUGUUCUGAUUCUUGUACUGGCUGUUGUGACAGUUGUUCUUCUUGUGGUGGUUGUUGUAACUGUUGUUGUUCACAAUGUUCCUUUGGUUGUUGUUGUGGUGGCUGUCGUUGUGGUGGUUGUCGUAAUUGUUCAUCUUGUGGUGGUGGUUGUUCAUCUUGUAGUGGUGGUUGUUCAUCUUGUGGUGGUGCUUGCUCAUCUUGUGGUCUUGGGUGUUCAUCUUGUGGUGGUGGUUGUUCUUCUUGUGGUGGUGGUUGUUCUUCUUGUGGUGGUGAUUGUUCUUCUUGUGGUGGUGGUUGUUCUUCUCGUGGUGGCGGUUGUUCUUCUUGUGGUGGUGGCUGUUCUUCAACAACCGCUACAACAAGAACUAGAACAACAGCCACCACAACAACAAGAACAACAGCCGCCAUUACAACAACAACAAUGCAUUGUUCACAAUCAAAAUAACUUCUCAUCUGACGAUUGCUCAACAGUUUCUAUCAUCACAAUCACUGGGUGUAGCGACGAUGGACACCACAACGACAAACAAGGCAAAGGGAUAGCGAGCUCUGUGGGCUUAGAUACAACUUCAGGUCUACCUAGCCCACCCCACACAUCGAGCAAAGAGGAGCGACUAACAACCACUGCUAUGUUGGUGGCUGCGGCAUCAACUCAGGAAGAGCCGGAUACUUCGGCACGGCCUGCAUCUUUCCUCAGUGGCGGUGGCCUAGCACCUCCACCAUUACCACCUCGAUGUCGUGCCCAAGCUGCUGGGGGCUUCUCGAACCGCCGUCGACGACGAGCAUUAAGCUGCCGUGAUCUGUUGAUCGCAGUUGAACAACGAAAGAAGGCUGGACAGGCAGCGAAUGGCUCACCGUGCUGUCUGCAGGAAACUCAAAGAGAGCUGCAGUCGAAUGGAGAAACCUGCGGAGCACUGCAUGGAGACAGCAACGGCUGCGUCUGUAAGCUACAGCCGAUGCUACCUUGUCAGAAAUGCGGUGCCUUCUGGCAUUCGGACUGUAUCGGCCCGUCUAGGAUUUGCUCAACGUGCUUGCUUGUUUGAUACCGGCGACUAUACCGACGCUAUAAUGAAUCGAUUUCAUCUGAGUUGCCGUGCCCUCUAAUCGUGACUAGAUUCUUGGGACUGAAGAAAACCGCCUUGACGGUCACCACAGACUCACACCCAGUCCAAUUCUUUCAAAAGGUCCAUACGUAAACUUCUUACCGAAAAAGUAACAGAAAAAUAUCGAGAAAGAGAGAGAGAAAAAGAAUGCUUCUCCCACCUUCACAAAAAAAUACAGAAGUACGGCAUUAUGCAUACAUAAACACAAACACACACAUGUAUUCAUGUUAUGAUACCUUGUACAUAGCUUUUUUAUAGCACCGUACAUGCGAGGAACACAAUGAUAGACAAAUCUAUAUAUAAAAGCGUGCAUUAACACACGUAAAGGUGCCCUUAAUUGCCUAGGGCAUGAUCAUCUUCUUUGACAGACGGAUAUUGGGACCGAUCAUCCCGUUCCAACUGUUGUGGAUGAUGGCGCAUUAUUUAUUGUUGUUCGGUCGGCCAAAACACAUAGUGAACAGUCACUCGCGUGACGGUUGUCGAUUCCCAUAUGCCUGAAUAUGUACGUCGCAUCGUAAGAUAAUAAUGUACCAGCACAAAAUGUCUCGUUUACUCUAUUGGUCGCGGUCUUCGAGGCAGGAACAGCAGUGCAUACGAAAGUUAAGUCGACCUAACCCUGGGACACGUGGUCGUUUUGUGGCAGAGAUAAAAAUGCCGCCUGCUAUGUGUCGCUAUAAUACAACCUAACAAGACUGAAAUUCAUAAUAGUUCAUUAAUAAACGAUAAUAUGUGGGCAAGUUGUGGUAUCGAUGCAUAUGAUCCGCAUCCAAAUUAGAAAAACAGACAAAUGAGAUGUAGCUGUACUGCUGGUGUUUAACGUGACGAAUAUUUAUUGACAACUGCUAGACUGUAACAUACCACAGAUUGUUGAAAAAAUUUGAAAAAAUAAAGAUGGAGGUUGCCUUAUUAAUUUAACUAUGACUAGCAAAGGGAUAUGACGAAGUAUAAAUUAACGGUUAUUGCCAGCAAUGGGCGUGCAUAACUUGGUGACGACAUCAAACAGGAUUAUUGACAAUAUCCAUGACUGAUACGUUCGUUAUGCUACCUAGAAGACCAGUUUUCAGUGGUUUUAAUGUGAAACUAUACUUCGAUCAAUUUAUUAUUGUUUUUAUUGCCGCUCAAUGGCUAAAAGUGUCUGGGUUUCUGUCAGACCGUAUGAAACGACGUAAAGGGUAUUAAUAUCUUAAUGUAAAUGCAAGGGGCUUUGUUCUCAUGCUAAUAAUGUAGUCCAAAAUAUAAAUCAUCGUCGAAAAUGCAUGUACCCGUUAUUUUCGUAUCUGGAUCAUCAGUAGUUGUCGAUGACUCUUUAAAUGCAAGAAUAGAACUAAGUGUCAGAAUGACUAACUCGCGCAGACAUGUCGUAAACGUUGCUUUGUUUCAUUUUCUCUGAUGGUGGCAUUCUAAUUAUUUAUUGAAUUUUGAACUUUGUGUGUACUUUUCGGUAUCUGGUUUCUAAACCGAGGCGACGAUUAAGUGAAGAUUUGUUUAAAUAAGAACGGCAGAGUACUAGCUCGAUUUAAAAAGAAAUUGCCAAAAAAAAUAAGCUCAUGCUGUCGUCUCUGUUUAAUCAGAUCUGGUUAAUCAAUAGUACCAUCAACUAGCACCGAUUCGUCAGAAACGAUCACAAUAGGUAUUAGGAGGAAAAUGAGGAGCAUAGUUAUAUUUAAGUAAAAAGUGCUUGUUACCUUUGGCUGUACUCGAACCAAAGGUUUUACACCUCUAUAGGCAACCUUCUUUGGACAGUAAUAAUAAUGAUAAUAAUAACGGUAGUAUUCGUAUGAAAAAAGAAGCCUACAUUUUCUUCAUAAAAAGACUACGCGUGUAGUGAUCAUCUCUCCAAGGGGAAUCGUAUAUGCAACAAUCUACACUCGAAAGCUGUAGUACUGGCAACAUUAUUUGCAACGUAAGUAAAAACGCCGAGGUUCAAUGGUGGUGGGGUCAUUAGAAAUCAACAAAGCCUUCUUUAUUGUCGGUGAAAAAUAGUAUACUCAAAUUCAUUAACAUAACCAUCGUCAUCACAAAAUAUGCAACAACCUGCACAUCUGUCUCGAAUAGCUCUUAGACUGCAUGUGAGCCUAUUAUUUGUGCACCAAAGUAGGAGAAAAUUAAUUUUCAGGCAAAGGGGCCUGUGUAGAACUAUCGUACAUCAACGCAGGGUAUGCAGCUUGCUAACAAAAAAAGCACCACAAAUGACAAUUUCUGUGGACUGAGUAAGGACACCGAGCGUUCACCGUGAAGGCGAGCCUGUUGCACCUGUCUUUGACCUUCAAACUCGGAACUAUUAUAUUAUCAAGGACUUAUUGAUGAAAACGAUCAUAACCAACGUGAGGCAGACUUGCAAAAUGUUGGAGAUAAGAUGAAAACUCUAGUAAGCGACGCCUGAUAAACUAGAACAAAAACAAAGAAUUCGAGGCAGAUAAACGUAUUUGUGAGUGUAUGUGUAUGUGUGUGUACAAGACGAUUUACAAAUUAUACGAUUCAACAAAUGCUACACUAUGUAAGCGCAGGCGACAAUACGACAAUACGUGUGCAUGAAUGAACAGAUAAUGCUGAUGUAUGUUGGUGCGAACUGAAUAUAAAUAUAUAAAUAAAUAUUAAAGAGAUAAGUUUAAGUAUAAAAUAAUUCACAAUAAAGGUGACAGAUAGGCGACGAUACCCUUGAUGAUACUGAGAAGGUAAUGAUAUAGGAUUAAUAAAUGCGAAAACUACGACGAGGUAUAAAUAUGUAAUAAUAAUAGAACCAUGACAGAACACAAAUGAGUAAGUGGGAAAUGAAAGGAAAAAUAGUUGAGUGAAAGACAAACAACCCAACGAAAAAUGUUACUUGACACAGAGUCUAAAGAAAGAGCGAUGUGCGGGAAAAAUUCUGGAAAAAUAAAAUAUUUAUCUUGAGUUAAUCGUAAGUUAUGUGUCUUGAUUGAAUAGGUGAAAAUAGGUUUAAGAGCCAG